AUGCCACCAGAAGAAAUCAUGUUGAUGAGCAGUGAAGAAGAACCUGCAAGCUAUAGUGAAGCAAGCCGAAAGAAGGAAUGGAUACAGGCUAUGAAUGAUGAGAUAGCUUCAAUUGAAAAAGAACAACACUUGGAGCUUAGUCGGACUCCCAAGAGGAAGGAAGCCAAUUGGAUUGAAAUGGUGGCAAGAAUAGAAACAGUUCGAGUCAUCUUGACUCUUACAGACUUGAAUAGGUGGUGUGUGCAUCACCUGAACAUGAAGUCAGCGUUCUUGAAUGGGAAUUUAAAUGAAGAGCACCUGGGAAUUGAAGUAAACCAACAAGACAAAGGAAUCACAUUAAAGCAGGAAGGUUAUGCCAAGAACAUUCUGGUCAAAACUCGCAUGUUAGACUGCAAUCCCACCAAAAGUCCAAUGGAGCAUAAACUCUCUUUGACCAAGGAUGGUGAUGAGGAGCUGGUAAAUCCAACUGAGUACAGAAGCAUUGUUGGUUGCCUAAGGUAUCUCACUCACACUAGACCUGAUAUAACCUUUGAUGUUCAUGUAGCUAGUCGAUUUAUGGAGAAGCCCACCAUAAAACACCUCCAAGCUAUAAAAGGAAUCCUUAGAUAUGUAAAAGGAACCUUAAGCCAUGGUUUAGUCUAUUCUAAAGGAGAAAAGGUCAAUAUUUCAGGCUAUACUGAUAGCGACUUGGCCAAAGAUGUAAAUGACAGAAGAAGCAGAGGGGGAAUGGUGUUUUAUGUAAAUUGA